AUGUCCCGAGCCGUCGAUAAGCUUCCCGCUCCCGCGGAGGCUCGCUCCAUGAAAGUCAUCGGGCUCGGUCCCAGCCGAACCGGAACCCUUGGGCUGUGGCAGGCCUUGAAGACGCUGGGGUACACCCCCUUCCACAUCUCGGAGCUGCUGCCGUACGGCUUCCAGCAGAUGAGGGCGCUCCAAGAGGCCAUCGUCGCCAACGACACCGACAAGCCGUUCGGCCGCGCCGAGUUCGACAAGCUCUUUGCCGGAUACGACUGCAUCGUCGAGAGUCCGUGUUACCUGUGUCCGAACGUCAUCACGGAGUACUUGGACGACCCGGAUGUGAGAUUCAUCCUGACCGAGCGGACUCCGCAGUCCUGGGCAAAGUCCAUUGCCGGGUCUCUCGGCGCGUACCACCAGAAGCUGGCGAAGCCGCCUCUGUCGAUCGCGAGGCACUUCGACAGCUUCAUUGCGGAGCUCACGGCGCUCUUCAGGGCCAUGACCCAUCGAUGGUCCGGCGGACUGGAGCCCAGUGACCCUGGCUUCAACGAUGCCCUUGCCAAGAGCUACGUCGAGUACAUGGAGAGCGUCAAGAGCCUCGUGCCCCCGGAACGCCUGCUGGUUCUGAACCUGGAAAAGGGAUUCGGCUGGGAGGAGAUCUGCGGGUUCCUGCAGCGGGACGUGCCCGACGAGCCGUACCCGCGCAUCAACGCCAUGGCCGACUUCCAUGUGGCUGCGGAGAUGGUCGUGUCCCCGGCCAUCAAGAAGACGGUCCGCAUCCUCACCUCGACCGCCGUCGCCGUCGCCGGUAUCGGCUUCUGGUACUGGCAACGGAGGAGAUGA